UGGCGUUAGAUCUCUAGUCCCUCAAGGCUCAAGUAGACAAGUCAUUCGACCUAGUAUUUGCUAGUGCUAGUAUGCCUAAACAAGUGGAUAACUAACGGAGUAACAGAUACAUAAAAUAAGUAGAAAGUGGGUAAAAAUUCCAGACAAACAGACUUAUCUAUCACAUUAUGGAACCCAGCGAAGAAGAUAUUCUUGAGGUUCGUCAAAAAGCCCUAGAAAAAGUCGAAUCACCCGAACAAGAUAUACAAGCCCAUCCAAAGGAUGUUGACAGACUAAAGAAUGAUAAAGAUUGGGUUCGCCGUUUUCUAUUACAUCAUGAUUUGGAUAAGGAAAAAGCAGUUAAUAUGAUCAUUGGAACAUUAAAAUGGCGAUCCAAAUUUGGAGCAAAUGAUAUAAGCCAUUCAAACAUUAAUCUUCAAAUUGUUUGUGCUGGUGGUAUGUUUCCUCAUUGUAAGGACAAAGAUGGGAAACCAUUAUUCAUUGUUAAAGUAAAAUCUAGUGUCAAAGGAGCUUAUAAAUCUGACGAAGUUCAUAAAGUCCUAGUUUAUUGGUUCGAUCGUCUCGAAAAGCAGCAGAAAGGGGACAAAAUUUCUGUGUUUUUUGAGAUGACAGGGGCUGGACUCAGCAACAUGGACAUGGAAUUUGUUCAGUAUUUAAUCAUGCUUUUUAGAGACUAUUACCCUUACUUUUUAAACUACAUUAUCAUAUUUGAAAUGUCAUGGAUCUUGAAUGCUGCUUGGAAAGUUAUCAAGGGUUGGAUGCCUGCAAAGUCUGUUAACAUGGUAAAAUUUGUAGGGAGAUCAGACCUCAAAGAUUUUGUCCCUGUUACAGAACAACUUGCAGAAUGGGGUGGGCCAGUAAAUUACCAUUUUGUAUUUGAGCCUGAAUUUUUACCUGCUGCUGGUCCUGUUAAUUUGAAUGGACAAUUUGAUGAUUCAAAAAAAAAGGUUCAUUUUGCUGAAGGCACAACUUCAAGUGAAACAUCUUCUGUCGAUUCUACCGAAACGGUUAAAAAACCGGUACCUGGUCAAUACCUUCAAUUAACGCCUGCCGAAGAGAUUGUUUUCAGACGUGAGGACGGAGAAACAACAGGCAUGUUGGUCAUGAACAACACUGCUGGUUGUAAUGUAGCUUACAAGAUUAAAACGACGUCCCCAGACAAGUACCGAGUCAGACCAAGCGCAGGAAUUAUUUGCACCGCUGGUUCACUGAAUGUCACUGUACACAUUCAGUCAGGUUAUUCAGCCUCCCAACUCGUCCGAGACAAGUUUCUAGUUAUGGCUUGCACGGUUGAAAGUGAUUCUCUAACCAAUUUACAGCUGACAGAAGUAUGGAAGAAAACGAAUGAAAACACAAUUCAGCAGCAUCGUUUACGUUGCUCCGUAGCCCCGAGUGAUGCCAAGGACGAUGAAUUUGCUGGCAACGCAUUAGGAUUGAAUAAUGCAACAGCUAAACUAUUACAAGAUAUAGCCCCGCAGCUAAAUAAAAUACUCGACGAACAAGAGAAUUUAAGAAGGCAGUUAAAAGACAUGAGAAUUCUCCUCUUUGUUUUGAUAAUAUUGUCAAUAGCCGUGCCUUUCUACUUCUUUAACAAUGAUUCAGGAGAUCAUCUAAGCUGUCGCGUCUAACUGCACCGUCUUAUAUAAUUUCGGAGCUACACACAACUUUUGUUUCUUCGGUAUAGAUAUUUUAAGAGUUGUUUACUUCCUCCAUAAUAGAUUACUGAUGCAAAAUUCCUCCAUAUUUUUUUCAUGAUUUAUUGCAACUUUAUACUUAAACGAUAAAAAGUCUAUUUUACUUGUAUGCUCUAUGAAGAGCAUUUUCCAUUUUUCAUUAUACAGGGACCGGUAUGUUAUUUUGCAAAGAUUUAUUCUUAAAUACAUUUGCACGGGUUAUAAAUAUUAAA